AUGACAGCGGAAAUAAAGGACAAAAUCACACAAUGUAGUCCUUGCAACGAAUACCUCAGUAAACAACAAAAAGAACCUUUGAUGUCAUACGAGAUUCCAUCACGACCAUGGAAAAUGGUUGGACAAGAUUUGUUUACAUACAACAAAACUGACUACCUAAUUACUGUUGAUUACUAUAGUGAUUACUGGGAACUUGACAAAUUAGAUACAGAUACAACUUCAUCAACUAUAGUUAACUGUACUAAAUCACACUUUGCCAGACAUGGCAUUCCAGAGAAUGUAAUUUCAGACAACGGACCGCAAUUCAUAUCCAAUGAGUAUGAAACCUUCGCACGCGAAUGGGAAUUCGAAUAUAUAACCUGCUCACCGUACCACAGUCAAAGCAACGGGAAAGUCGAGUCAGCUGUCAAGAUAUCAAAAAAGAUCAUCAAGAAAACAAACAAAGACAAGAAAGACUUACAGCUAGCAAUUUUUAGAUUGGCGAAAUACACCCAGCACUGA